AUGAUCCAGGGUCCACCAGGGACUGGCAAGACUAGGCUUAUCGGCUUUUGCGUGCUUAAUUGUAUCCAGCGGCAGCAGCCGUGGUUACUCACCGCAGAGACGCACUAUGCGGUUCAGGUAUGCGCCGAUCGAAUCUACGCAGAUCUUCAAGCUGUAUAUGGCAACUACGAUCGAUGGACGGCGCUGAUCUCGACAGCGCUACUUUCACUGUCUCUUCUUCCGACUUCCCAGACGACCGAGCGGAGAUUUCGAAGUUGA